UGGAUUGCCCAACAUAGGAGCAGCCAUUUCUUCCUUUCUCUUUAAAGCUCUUUACUCAAUUUGUCCUAACUUCGCUUUCCCGUCGACCCUUGCUAUCUCAAACAGAGUCCAGAAGUCAUGGCAGGAGGAGGACGCGAGAAGGUGGCUCGUUUGCUGAAGCAGCUGCAGCUGGCAGCAUGCAUGUGUCCAGUUCAUUCUCACACUUACAGUCAAGGUACUAAAGACAUUGCUUUGGGGAAAACAGACUACGCCUUUGAGAUGGCUGUUUCCAAUAUCCGAUAUGGAGAGGGCGUUACUAAAGAAGUGGGAAUGGACUUGAAGAAUUGGGGUGCUAAAAAAGUUUGUGUGAUGACAGAUAAGAAUCUUUGUCAGCUUCCUCCCAUGACAGCAGUGUUAGAUUCUCUGACAGUCAAUCGCAUAAACUUCCAAAUCUAUGAUGAUGUGAGAGUCGAGCCCACAGACCAAAGUUUUCUAGAUGCCAUUGAGUUUGCCAAAAAGGGGGAGUUUGACUCCUAUGUUGCCGUAGGCGGGGGUUCAGUCAUAGAUACUUGUAAAGCUGCUAAUCUCUAUGCAUCAAGUCCAAAAUCAGAUUUCUUAGAUUACGUCAAUGCUCCUAUUGGAAAAGGCAAGCCUAUUACAGUCCACCUCAAACCUCUGAUAGCAGUUCCUACAACAGCUGGAACUGGAAGUGAAACCACUGGAGUUGCUAUUUUUGAUUACAAAGAACUAAAAGUAAAAACUGGCAUUGCAUCUAGAUCCAUUAAGCCUUCUUUGGGUAUUAUUGACCCAUUACACACUCUCCAUAUGCCAGAGCGGGUGGCAGCUAAUAGUGGUUUUGAUGUGCUUUGCCAUGCUCUUGAAUCCUACACUGCUCUUCCUUACAACCAGCGCAGCCCUUGUCCUUCAAACCCAGUGAACCGGCCAGCUUAUCAAGGAAGCAACCCCAUCAGUGAUGUCUGGGCUGUCCACGCAUUACGGAUUGUUUCUAAAUACUUAAAGAGGGCCAUAAAGAAUCCAGAAGAUCAAGAAGCAAGAUUUAACAUGCAUCUUGCAAGUGCUUUUGCUGGCAUUGGGUUUGGAAAUGCUGGUGUACAUCUUUGCCAUGGCAUGUCUUAUCCAAUUUCCGGUUUGGUGAAGAAUUAUAAAGCAAAGGAUUAUAAUGUGGAUCAUUCUUUAGUGCCACAUGGCCUUUCAGUCAUCCUCACCGCUCCAGCAGUGUUUACCUUCACAGCACCAGUGUGUCCAGAGCGCCACUUGGAGGCUGCCCAAAUCAUGGGAGCUAACAUCAGUAAUGCCAAAAUGAAGGAUGCUGGGCUUAUUUUGGCAGACACUCUCCGAAAAAUUUUAUUUGAUCUCAAUGUUGAUGAUGGCUUAGCUGCCCUUGGUUAUUCAAAAGCUGAUAUUCCCGCUUUAGUCAAAGGCACCCUGCCUCAGGAAAGAGUGACUAAAUUAUCCCCUCGUCCUCAAACAGAAGAAGAGCUGUCAGCCCUGUUUGAAGCAUCUAUGAAAUUAUAUUAAUUUGUUUCUGAUUUGCUUUUUUAAAAAACUUUAAGCAGUGUUUUCCCAUUUUAGGGGAUGAAUCAAUUCAAAAUAUUAUAUGGGGAUUAUAUGUAAAUGUUAUUUCCUAUUAAGAGCUGUAGCGUUCAUGUUUAUUUUUACACAUGAUUACAAUUGGAGAUAUUCAGAUUUUAUUCGUUAGUGGUGAUCACUGGAACUAAUUAUUAAUAGUUUUAUCAUAUGAGAACAAUACAUUAAAGAAUUUUCUGGUUUGUCGUUUCACUAACUCCACACCAACUGGAUCAAGCAGGGAGACAAAAAUAAAACUUUUAUAAGUUCAAAACAUCCUGUUUUUUUUAAUUAUUGGUUGUUGUGUAUAGCAGUUUCUCUUCAUAAUUUCCAUUUAAACAAGGAUGCUUUAUAGUUUUUAUAAUUGCCUUGAACUCCUGGCUCUGUAAUAUUGUACCCUAUUGAUUUUGUACUAGGACUGUUUUACAGUAGUAUAUUAAAUGUGAAUCUGAAGGUCUUCUGAUAUUUAUUGCUUGUAAAAGAGGAUGGCAGAAGAGGAAAUUGUGGACAGCAUUUCUCUCCUAAGGCUACUACAUCUGAUCUCCAAGCAUUAGAUGACCAGAGGAUUAGAGCAAAGAGAUUGAUAAUUGAAGAAACUCUUAAUUCCUUGAUGUCCUCUAGUGAUUGUCUGGAUUUUGUCUGGAUCAACCCAGAUCCAAUCCAAUUUUUUCAACCGAGAUCCAGUGCAGAUUCUAUCCCGGGGUCUUUCUCCAGCAUUGUCCCUUGAUUUCAUCCCCAAGUGUUCUUGUCUGUCAACUUAGUUUCCCACCUUCUGUUCUCACCAAGUAACAAGGCAAAAUUGUGUUUCUAACAAUUCCAGUAUUUGGUUGUUCCAAAGACAGUAACUUAGUAAGUAGAGAAUUAUUGUAAUGGACUUCCGGUGAAAAGAUGGCCAACUAACAACAUGCCUAGGGAAGGAUCCCUGAAGAGUUUUUCCCUGGACUAUAACUUUUUCAACUUACCAACAGAAGGAACUGGCAUUCCUUUAGUUUAUAUGACUCUCCUGGCUUAGGGAAAGGUCUAGAAUUAUCCCACAAGAUCCUCCAAUACAGCAAAGGUCUGCAAAUAGUUUCAGGAACGGUGCUUCGAAACAACCUGCAUGUCGAAAGCUGGAGGGGAAUAGGGCUGCAAUCAAUUCAUUGUUGAAGAAGCAGCCAUUUUGGUAUUUAUUUUUCAAAUGGACAGGAAGUUGUUCCUUUCAUUUCUUAAUCUUUUUAAGGACUAUUAAUUUUUAUUAAGCUAAAAAAGGGUCUCUUUAGCCACAGCCUGUUAAAAGGUUAAAGAGGGCGUUAAGAAGAUGGAGGAGCAAAUUAUUAGAGAUGUAUUUGAAAAAUCUUUAAAUAAAAUCCAUCAGUUCAUAAACCAACUAUAUUCCAAGAAUGUUAAAAAACAAAGUUUUAAAAAGGAUGCGUAGAAGAAAAACAAAUAUUCUAUGAGGGUAAUUUGAAGGAAGUGAUUUAAAUUUAAUGAAUUAAUUGGAGUUAGUUGAGAUUUUAUUGGUUUGAAAGUGAACUUUAAAGUAUGUUAAAAGGAAGUUUUAAAAAUAUAUAUUAGAAUGUUUUGAUUUUAGAAAUGUUUUUAAAGAAAAGUUUAAUGUUUUCAAAUGGAUGAAAAAAGUAUUUUUCCCUUUAAGGUUAAAGAAUCUGAAAGAAUUCUUUUGUGAAUUUUGUUAAUAUAAAUGAUGAUAAAGAUUAUUAAGUGCAAAUAGAAAUAUAUAUUAUUUCCACAGCAAGAAAGAUAAAGCAGAAAUUAUUAAAUUGAUUCUUUUAUUCAAAGAGGAAAAUAUAUUUAAUUACGUUUUUAUUUGGAUAUCACUUCUGGAUUUUGUGCUUGUGAUAAAAAAAAAAGGAAACGUUGACUCUGGUUUUGCCUAUUAGAUACAUUUUUUGUUAUAGAAAUGGCUAGUUAGAUACCAAUGUGUAAAAGUAAAAAGUUGAAGAUGUAAUGUACUGCACUAAAAAAAGUCAGAAGUCAACACUUUUUUCUUUCUUCCCUUGUACCUCCUAUUUUCUUUCCUCCUCUCUUUUUUCUUCCCUUAAUUUCCUAUUUUUAU